UCAGUCCUUUCAUCUUCUGAUGAAGAUCCGGAAGAUCGCGGAUCAUGUCGUACCUGUAGUUCGUGUUUAGCAGCUCGCUCGUCUUGUGAUGAUAUCCGUGUUCGUGAAUCACAAACAGCCGUGAGAUUAUUUGAUGUUUUUUUUACAGUAAUUACUAAGUAUAUAAAAGGGGCAGACUUCUAUGUUUUAGUAUGCUAAAAACAACGCGACCUCGCUAGUAAAAUUGAUAACAAGCGUUACCUAAAACGAAGAUGGAUCCAAAGCAAGAUACAUUUAACGAGUCAGUAUCAUCUUUACUGGAACGUAAAGUAAGGGGUUGGCUUAGUGGAGUAAUUGAAGACAUGAGACGCAGUAGUCCUGUUCAACAAUGGUUAGAUUCCCUUCCUGCUGAACAGGAGCCUGAAACUAACAAAGUAGAUGAUGAUGAAAUCAAGGAAGUAAAAUCUGAAGAGAGUAAACUUGAAGACUCAGUGACAGAUAAUACUGUUGUCGAAGUUACCACAAAUAAGCUACAUGAUGAGCAAAAUUUAGAUGUUCCUAGUCAUAAAGAUACCUGGAAACGAAAAUCACUAGAAAGUGGGGUACUGACGAGUAUUCCCCAGUGUAACAUCAAAAGGUUGCAAAGAGACCAUUCUGUUCAAUCUGAAGGUUACUCACCUAGAUUCAAAAAUCCCUUAUUUAGGGAUCAUUCUCUUCAGUCUGACGCCAGUGGCUCAAGUAGCAGUUCUGUGCUAAAUGUUUUGGGAGCAAGAAAAGUAGAUGCAGAAUCAGUUUUGUUGGCCUUAGGAUUUGGACCCAGCGAAAAGCAGCAAAAGCUACAGAGAAUACCUGACAGAUUUUUAGCACCAUCAAAGCUGAAAGGAAUCAGUACAGAGGAGUUUAUAAAAAACGAACAUCACUCUAUGAGAAUGCAUGACUGUGGUAUUUUUGGAUACAGAGGACUAACAGAGCACUGCACUCCCGUUUGCCGUUUUAUGAAACCAGUUACCUCGGGUUAUCAUAGAUCGUAUCAAGUUCCCGAAAUUGCUGUUCAGGAAUCCUCAUGUUCCACCGUCGACAAUUGUAGCUAAAAUCAUAGAGUGUAUCCUACAAGAUGACGUGUGUCGUGAAGAAGCGCUGAUGAAAGCGCGGCACUCCAUAGCGGACAUGCGCAGUGCCGCGGCGCCUGCGCCCGCUCCGCUGCGGCAUCAUUGACAUGUCCGAUAUGUAAUACAGCCAAAGAAAAAAGCAUUCUCCAAUGUUACUUUGAUUCCUAAUUUCUUUGCUAUAAUGUUUUACCUACUUAUUUGGCGAUGGAGUUAAUUUUGAUUGUUUUUCAAACUCCUCUGGAAGGAUUGAGUAGAUCAUUCUAAAUUAUUUGGAAUAGGUUAAUUUUUUGUGCAAUAAGCUUCAAUCUCAAAUAAAUGUGAUCGAAGACAAGUACCUUCGUACUUAAUAUAACGACUUCGUUAUUAAGUACCUUAGACGUCACUGCAAUAUGACGCUCAUAUUAAGUAAUUAAUUGAGUAUUUAUUUGUGUUGUAUUGUAAAUUUAUUGUGAUAAGGGAUAGAGAUAUGGUUAAGAAAUAUUUCAAUUAUAUUUAAUAUGAGAAAUGGGUCAAGUCUGGUACAUUUUGGACUGAAAAUGAACAAUGUGAAGAAAAACUAAUAUUGUGAUAUUUCUUAAUUCUAUGAAGAUAUAAAAUAUUUACUAUGAAAUAUCAUGUUAUCGUGAUUUUGAAUCUGAUUUCUCUGUAGAUUGUAUUAAAGUAUUUUUAUGGUAAGGAUUUAAAUAUCUUUACCUGUCUCAAGAGCUUACUUGGUGGAUUGUAUUGUAUUUUUAUAUCUCUCAUAACUUUACCUUGUGAUCUUUAUAUACUGAACAUUCACUUUAAUACGUAGGAAAUCUUAUCAGUCAUAUUUUCUUAUAAAUAAAUAAAUCUAUAAUGGAAGGUGUCGCACACCGCAGCCGCCGCCGUCAGCUUUGUUACUUUGGGAAUUCAUUGGCUUGAGGCGCGUGCGUGGGUUGUAAACUUGCCUCAAAAUAAAUUGAGAAUUUAUUAACUUAAAAUAAAUUUAAACCAUGUACAUAACUACUUUAUGAAUUGUUACUAUUUUAAAUAUUUAAUUUUUGUGUAGUUGUUGUUUUGUGUAAAAUAGCGUACUUAUAAAAUACUUGUUUGUCUGAUAACCCGUAGUUGUAUAAGUGUUGGCUGUGGUGUAUUUUCAGCGUUACUAAAUUUAAAUGAAUUUUAGGGUAUAUAUUAUUUUUAUUAAUUUCACUUAAAUCGUCAAUUUUAGCACCGUUAGGUUUGCGUCACACUUGUUUGUUUCAUCACGUGGGUGUAUAGGUAUAUUUUUGACACGCACUCGCUCGUGACCCAUACUCUAUUGGAGCGUAAUGCAAGUUACGCCCAAAUAAUUCUACUUUCAGAUCUAAUAUUCUACAAGUAUAUUGUACUAGUAUGUAAACGAGAUAUAAAGAUCUUGAUUAUACAUUUUAGAUUAUAAUAAAUUGAAGAUAAAAUAUAAUAUCAUUUAGAUAUUAUAUUUUACGCACGACGCAAUAUUAGACUUCGAAUUUGCUUUUUUGUGUUCUAUUUGUUUAAUACUAAAAUGUAUUGUGUUUGCAUACCACAUCUAAACUUGUAAUUCAACUUUAUCAUGCCACUGUCUGAAAAAGGAUAAAACCAUCUGGAAAAAGAAUAAUGAAGGCUUUUGUUUUGUAAGAUGUUUAAUUGUGCCUUAUUUACAAAUUUUAAGAUUUGUGUGUAAAGUCCGAUACCUAUGUCAAAUGUCUGAUCCGUCGGAUCUGUAAUUUAUUGUCUAAUAUUAAAGCAAAACCAUGGAAUUAGUAGGUACUCGUUGUACUAUAAUUGCAUGAACAAAACAUUAAAGAUUAAAUUAGCCUGAAGAGCCUGACACAACGUCAGUAAUUAUUUAAUAACUAUAACACCUAUCUGCGUUUAUAUCUACUGACUUUAAAAAUUUCAAUCAUUAUAUACGUAAAUGCGUUUUAUUAAUGAAUAGAAAUCAAUACCAUGGAAGUAUCAACGAUUGCUCAUAUUUAUAACCUUAAUGUGUACUUAUACUAUUGCGUAAUUUAUUUAUUUGGGAAAGGAAGAAUUGUGUGAUCAAAACUGGCAACAUUCAAAUAAAAAGCCUGUUUCUCGAAA